AUGCGGCUACCAUCGGUCCUUGCGCGCUGCUCCCCCAAGCUUUGCAUUGUGCGUUGCCGUUUCUAUUGCGGCUUAUUAUGUCGUCUCCCACGCAUGCCACUUUCCUACGCAUGCCGCCGAGUCACCCUCGAAUUAUGUUUUGACCUCAAACGUUGCAUCCUGUUGUGCACAGCCGUGUCCCCCCACGCCGGCCGCCAGGCAUUCGCAACAUCCUGCUUUGCAUCAUACAAUACUGUAUUGCAUCUCGCAGGCGUGCCAACAAACCUGGGCGCUCACCACCACUGUUGUAGAGCGGAAAGGAGGUGGACUGGCGACAAUUCCCCCCUCCCCUGCUCAGAUCACUCAGUGCACGCCAGAGACAUGCCAUGCGCGCAGUUCGUUAAGACCAGGCAGCCAUCGUCCAGCAGGCCCGCACUCGCUCAUUUCGCUCGUCGGCUAGAGGCGAUAGUAGCAAGGCACGCACGUGGUUGGAUGCCUUUUAAAAAGGUUGAGGCCAGUUUCAUUGGAACGGGGUUUGCUGGUGCUUCUUGCUGGGUUGUCGUGACUCCUACCGUUGUAUCGCUAUUCGUGCGAUAG